AUGGCUGAGGUGCUUACUAUUGGAUUUCGCUUCUAUCCCACGGAAGAAGAACUGAUUGCGUUCUACCUACGAAACCAGCUCGACGGAAGGAGUGUUGACACAGUGCACCGUGUCAUUCCCGUUCUAGAUGUCUUUGAGCUCGAGCCUAGUCAUCUUCCAAAUAUUGCGGGAGAGAGGUGUCGAGGAGAUGCUGAGCAAUGGUUCUUCUUUGUGCCUAGACAAGAACGCGAAGCAAGAGGAGGCAGGCCGAGCAGAACCACUGGUUCAGGGUACUGGAAAGCUACUGGAUCACCUGGUCCAGUCUUUUCCAAAGAUAACCAAAUGAUUGGAGUUAAGAAAACUAUGGUGUUCUACACUGGGAAAGCACCAACUGGAAGAAAAACAAAAUGGAAGAUGAAUGAAUACAAAGCCGUUGACGAACCAUUCAACGUUUCCACAAGCCCUAAGUUGAGACAUGAAUUUAGCUUAUGUCGGGUCUACAUAACAACGGGAAGCUCAAGAGCUUUUGAUAGACGUCCAGUGGAAUUUUUUCAGACAGUGCAAAUGCUUACAAGUGAUGUUGCCGUUGGUGAGACAUCGGUUCGUGUGGAAAGCUCACCCGAAGCUUUAAUGUCAGGAGGAAAUCAUGAUUAUCCCUCUACGAAUGGAGAGAUGGUUGAUGGUUUAACGGAACCAAUCUGGGAAUGGGAACAGCUGAAUUGGCCUUGA